UGGAUACCGAGGAACCGGAAGGGGUCGAGCGACCUAGGGGUCGACAACCACGGCGGAACAAGAGUGCGUUUGAGUACAUUCGCGGUCGUGGCCGUGGCCGUGGCCGUGGUCGUACAUCCUCAUCAAGUGGCAGCCAAUCAUCGUCGUCGGUGAAUAUGCCCGGCACCGGGAGAAUGGACAUUGAACAUUUUCCAUAUAAGGACAGGAUCCCUAAUAUCAUGAUGCCAUUCUUGGACGGGUGGAAUGAUGUCAUUGCAGAUGGUAACUGCGGAUUUCGGGUUGUGGCGGAUGUGUUUCAAAUGGGUGAAGACAACUACGGUUUAGUGCGGCAGUUGAUGUACAGUGAAAUCGCAUCAAACCGAGAUGUGUAUGGCCAUGUGUACGGCGAGGACUUGGAUAGGUCUCUGACUAGGAGACUUCAAACAUUGUCACCCGAUUUUCCGGUCCCAAAUAUCAUACCGAAGUGGUAA